GCGGGGCACAGGCUGCAGUCCGGCGUUGACCCAGGCCCGCCAAGCGCCCGCUGCCGGGGCGGAGCUGGAAGUGAGCGCCCUCAGCGCGCAGCGCAGCGCACCUGCCAAGCGUGCCGCCGCGCCGAGCCGUCUCCGACAGCGGGCGUUUGGAGAGCUGCGGUGGAGCCAGGGGCUUGGAGGAGCGAGGCGUGUAUUUUCAGCUGCACCUUCAAAAGGGGAGAAUUCCGUCACCACCAGAGAGGCAACAGCCCCCAAAUAUGACUACAAUUGCCUAGAUCCGCAGAGGCCUGGGAGUCUCUGGAUGGAUAGCUUAGAAUAUGCUGAAAAGCCAAUGCCUUCCAUGGAGGACUGAAGGGCCAGCUGGUCAACAGGACAGUGGCCUGGAGCAAGGGAGUCAGCAGACACUCACAGCCAGCAAGAGGAACCUUCCAAGGGGCUGACGUGCAUUGCCAAAGGCAGGCUCCUGCCACGCAAUUGUUACAGCCCUCUGAUGGAAUGCUGGUGAGGUCCUCCACCCAGGGGACCCGGCGGGGCUGUGCCAGGGACUGCCUGGUGAGUGAGAACUCGUGCAGGUCCGACCCACCCCUUAUCCCUGCUUAGGAACUGGAGGGGGUCAGAGCCCCCUAUGUGCUCUCCCUCGGCAAGAUGAGGACUCUGAACACCUCUACCAUGGAUGGGGCUGGGCUGGUGGUAGAGAGAGACUUCUCCUUCCGCAUCCUUACAGCCUGUUUCCUGUCUCUGCUCAUCCUGUCCACACUCCUGGGGAACACGCUGGUCUGUGCCGCUGUCAUCAGGUUCCGACACCUGCGGUCCAAGGUGACCAACUUCUUUGUCAUCUCCUUGGCAGUGUCGGAUCUCUUGGUGGCUGUCUUGGUCAUGCCCUGGAAAGCGGUGGCAGAGAUCGCUGGCUUCUGGCCCUUUGGGUCCUUCUGUAACAUCUGGGUGGCCUUUGACAUUAUGUGCUCCACGGCGUCCAUCCUCAACCUCUGUGUGAUCAGCGUGGACAGGUACUGGGCCAUCUCCAGCCCCUUCCGGUACGAGAGAAAGAUGACUCCCAAGGCAGCCUUCAUUCUGAUCAGCGUGGCGUGGACCUUGUCUGUCCUCAUCUCCUUCAUCCCUGUGCAGCUCAGCUGGCACAAGGCGAAGCCCACGAUCUCCUCCGAUGGGAACGCCACUUCCCUGGAUGACACCCUGGACAACUGUGAUUCCAGCUUAAGCAGGACCUAUGCCAUUUCAUCCUCCCUAAUAAGCUUUUAUAUCCCUGUGGCCAUCAUGAUUGUCACCUACACCAGGAUCUAUAGGAUCGCCCAGAAACAGAUACGGCGCAUCUCAGCCUUGGAGAGGGCAGCAGUCCAUGCCAAGAAUUGCCAGACCACUACAGGUAAUGGAAACCCUGUGGAGUGUUCUCAACCAGAAAGCUCCUUUAAGAUGUCCUUCAAAAGAGAGACUAAAGUUCUCAAGACUCUGUCUGUGAUCAUGGGGGUCUUUGUGUGCUGCUGGCUUCCUUUCUUCGUCUUGAACUGCAUGGUGCCCUUCUGUGGGUCUGGGGAGACCAAGCCCUUCUGCAUUGAUUCCAUCACCUUUGAUGUGUUUGUGUGGUUUGGGUGGGCUAAUUCUUCCUUGAACCCCAUCAUUUAUGCCUUUAAUGCCGAUUUUCGGAAGGCAUUUUCAACUCUUUUAGGAUGCUACAGGCUUUGCCCUACCACGAAUAAUGCCAUAGAGACAGUUAGCAUCAAUAACAAUGGGGCUGUGGUGUUUUCCAGCCAUCACGAGCCUCGAGGCUCCAUUUCCAAGGACUGCAAUCUGGUUUAUCUGAUCCCACAUGCAGUGGGCUCCUCCGAGGAUCUGAAGAAGGAGGAAGCAGGUGGAAUGGCCAAACCCUUGGAGAAGCUGUCCCCGGCCCUAUCUGUCAUUUUGGACUAUGACACUGAUGUCUCUCUAGAGAAGAUCCAGCCCAUCACACAAAACGGACAGCAUCCAACCUGAAGCCUGAGAUGAAUCUGGCCAGACAGGCUCAGCCCAAAAGCUGGAGGAGAUUUUCAGUGGCUUGCGAGGUGUGGUGAGACUCAGAUGUCAGGCGAGCCCUCCUCUGCUGCUUUUCCUUCAACACACAACUAACUAUAUUUUAAAAUACAUUCCAACGUGUUUUCUUUGUUGUUCAUAGUGAAUCCAAGAGGGACAUAUGUGAAGUGAACGUUCACAGGGAUGUGUCUUUGGCUCCAAAAUUAUUUUUAGAAACUGAUUCUUAUCUUAGGACUUGAAAAAUAGGGCGCAGAAUCAACAAUGAACAGCAUCGCUUAAAAAGUUGAUCCUCUCCCGGAAGGAGAUGAGAAGGGUUGAGUUUGUUGUGUACAAACAGGUGCUAACACUGGUCCAAGGAGAGUUUUCAGAUUGUAAAGGUAGGUGCAUGCCUUCAUAAAUUAUUUCUAAAAAAUAAUUGAGCCUUACAGUAGGAGUGGGAUUUUUUUUUGGACUUGAGAGAUGCUUUGUUGAUAUUGGUUUUAUUUAUUUACUGUAUUAUACGGAUAUUUUUAAUUUAUUGAAUAAAUCUAUAUUUAUCAGAUGUUAUAGGAUAAACUAAUAAGUUACUGAGAACUUAUAGUCACAUUUCGUCCAUGUAACUAGCACUUUAUUGGCCAAUGAAACAAACAGAGAAACUCUGAGAUUCUAAAUACUCAUAUAUAACUUCCAGAGACACAGCCAAGGUUGAUAGGAAAUGAAGUUGUGAUAAUUCCUUAAAAUUCUUUGGCAUAAAUAAAUACGAGGUGGGAACUGACAAAUGCUGUGAAUUUUUUUCUUCUAGAAAGAUUUUGAAAAAUAAGAAGGCAUAGCUACUAUUAUGUUCACGUUUUUUUGAAUGACAGGACUUCCCCAGGACAAAGAUUUGCCAUUCUGUAAAUAUCUUAAGUAAAAGCCAGCUUAAGAAAGAUCUGACUUGAAAUUUAUGAUCUUAGGGGGUAAUAAAAAGUAUGUGCCACUUUGUAUUUAUGUAAAAUACUUGGCCCUCUGCGUCUUUUCUCAUUUCAGUGUCAGAUAGCUUUUCUGAACCAAACACAUGGCUGUCCUGGUUGGAUAUGUGUAUGAAGACAGUAGGUAUCUUUAAUUCUUGCAUUGCAACAGUGUUACCGAUGGACAGAAGUCAAAUCCUGCAUCUGUAUCUUACCAGGCCAAAUCACACCAUUCAGUGGGGCGACUUUUUGUAGUGCUUUAAUCUGAAUUUAGAAUCGAUUUUUUUAAAAGUCUAAAUGUUAAUAGUAUACUGACUAAUGAAUAGUGCCUCAUUAUCAUCCUCGAGUUAGACAUUUCUCUUGGUGGAAAAAACAGGAGACCCUUUCUCUUUGGGUGUGUUAAGUGCCCCAAAGCCACCAGUAUCUCAUUUGACAAAUGCUAGCUCCUUCUCUGUGCUUCGGAAUCAAGUUCCUAUCUCAUCAGCUCAACUGUAUAAAGUAUCCCGAGUCUCUCCUGCCAGAUACUCAUCAUGUGGGGGCAUUUCAAGAGAAUUUCUUUGAAAUGUUUACAGGGUAUCCUUGUUGAUAAGCAAUUUACACAGCAGUUAGGUGACAUGGGUACCAAGAAGGAAAUCUACUGAAAAGUGUCUCCUGCAUCAGGUCCGUGUUAUUUAUGCAUUGUGAAUGUUUCUUCAUUUUAUUGCCUGUAUGCUUUCUUACAUAUAAUAAAAUUAUUUUGUGAACUCAAAUCAAUCCUGAA